AUGGAGCAGCAACUUUCCUUUGCUAGCAUGCUGAUGAAUUUUUCAGGAUUCAACGGGUCAAGUAAAAGUGCUGAAGCAAAAUGUGUAGAGAGGGAAAGACAAACACUUCUCAACUUCAAACAAGGCCUCAUAGAUGCCUCUGGCAUGCUGUCUUCAUGGAGGGAUGAUGACAAUAAUAAAGAUUGUUGCAAAUGGAAAGGCAUUGAAUGCAACAAUAAAACUGGUCACAUAGACAUGCUUGAUCUUCGUGGUUCAGAAAAACAUUAUUUGACAGGUGCAAUCAAUCUCACUUCAUUGAUUGACUUGCAAAAUAUGGAACAUUUGGAUCUCAGUUCUAAUUAUGAUUCCAGUGAAAUGCAAAUCCCAGAGCACAUUGGCUCCUUCAAAAACUUAAGAUAUCUCAACCUAUCAUAUAUAGGUUUGAGUGGGAGGAUUCCUUAUGAACUGGGAAAUCUCUCAAAGUUGGAGUAUCUUGAUCUUAAAGCAAAUUUUCUUGAUGGAGCAAUCCCUUCGCAACUCGGGAAUCUUACAACUUUACGAUAUCUUGAUCUAAGUUAUAAUUCCGAAAUUGAAGGGCAAAUCCCCUAUCAGUUUCGAAAUCUCUCACAACUGCAAUAUCUUGAUCUUGAAGGAACUUAUCUUUCUGGAGCAAUCCCUUUUAAAAUUGGGAAUCUUCCUAUCUUGCAUACUCUUAUGCUUGGUCAGGAUUUGGAUGUCAAAUCUAUGGAUACAGCGUGGUUGUCUAGUCUCUAUUCCUUGACACAUCUUGGUUUGGAUUCUAUAAAUAAUCUUGGCUCCUCUCAGCACUUGCUACUAACGAUAAGCAAAUUUUUUCCAAACCUAAGAGAGUUGAGUCUUACAGAUAGAAGUUUUAUUGUUUCAUCUACUUCCACAGUGAAUUCUUCAUCUUCUCUUGACACCCUUCAUCUCUCCUUUAAUCUAUUGAAAUCAUCAGUUAUAUUUCACUGGCUUUUCAACUUCACCAAUCUUCGAAGACUUCACCUUGUUGCUAACUUGUUAGAAGGUUCCAUUCCCGAUGGAUUUGGGAAAAUAAUGAACUAUCUUGAAGAUCUUGUCAUUAGCUCUAACAGACUGCAAGGCGAAAUUCCAGCUUCCCUUGGGAAUAUAUGCACAUUGCAGCGAUUAUACCUUAAGAAAAACAACUUGAGUGGGGAAAUUUCUAGCUUAAUUAAAAAAUUUUCAUGGUGCAACAAGACUGGCAUGCUACCUAAUCUUUCAAAUUUAGAUCUUUCCUUCAAUCGGUUAACCGGAGAAAUACCUAAAAGCAUUGGAUUGUUAUAUGAGUUGGAGUCUCUUCACUUGGAGGAGAAUUACUUGGAAGGUGACAUCAUUGAAUCACAUCUCACAAAUUUGACCAAAUUGGAGGAGUUAGACUUAACCGGCAACUUAUUGUCUCUCAAGUUUGGUAAUACUUGGGUUCCAUCUUUCCAGUUAUAUGUUUUGGGAUUAGCUUCUUGCAAGUUGGGUCCUAGUUUCCCAAGUUGGAUCCAGACUCAAAGUCACUUACAGUUUCUGGAUAUUUCUGAUGCUGGGAUUGAUGACUUUGUACCAGAUUGGUUUUGGAACAAGUUACAAUCUAUAUAUGCCAUGAAUAUGUCUUACAACAAUCUCAAAGGUACAAUUCCGAAUUUACCAAUCAAGCUUACCAUGAAUUAUGAAAUAUCAGUAUUUCUCAAUUCAAAUCAACUUGAAGGUGAAAUUCCUACUUUUUUGUCACAAGUUUCAAUAUUGGACCUUUCCGAGAACAAGAUUUCAGAUUUAAAUGCUUUCUUCUGCGGAAAAGGUGCAACUGCAAACAUGCUCAUUUUGGAUUUAUCAAGCAAUCAAAUAAUGGGAAAGCUGCCCGACUGUUGGGAACAUCACAAUUCAUUAAAAGUUCUUGAUUUAAGCAAUAAUAGAUUGUCAGGGAAGAUUCCAGAGUCCAUGGAUACUCUUGUUAAUUUGAAAUCUCUGGUCUUACGAAACAACAGUUUAAUUGGAGAACUACCACUCACAUUGAAGAACUGCACCAGUUUAGUUACAUUUGAUUGUUCCUGUACAUCUCUGCUAUUUGAGGCAAAUUCGUCUCUUGGAUCUUUCAAGGAAUAA